AAUCCAUAAGUAGACUUACAUUAAGCACCGUACACUUUAAAUAAUAUUCGCGAUAAAGAGUAGCGAUUGUUUCUACAGAUAAAACAACAUGUUGUCUAAAAAAAUGAAUUCAAAGUAGUGUGUGCUUCAACUUUGGAUAGCUAUGAGAGUUCUCCAUGUCCCAUCGGUUCUCCUAUCCAUCGUUAAUGGGCCCCAAUUUGGACGCUAAACCUAGCGAGCUCCCUAAUUCAGAUGUAGCGCUCAGCGAGUACGACGAUGGGUACAAUAACGCGGGUCUGGAAGUCUGCAACGAGUUCGCCGAAGUUGCUAAUCGGGAGUUAAUUAAUCGGGAGUUGGUCAAUUUAGAGAAUGCCGUGGUUAACAUUGACAAUUCUAACGAUGUGAUUAUUGGGCCUGUGACUCAGUUUAAUGUUAAUGGAAAUGUUACUAUAUAUCAAAAUAAGGAUGGACAACCUGUGGAAAUCGAGGAAAAACCGGACAUAUCUACACCAGCGUACACGGAAACAACUUUCAAGCAACGUCGCAAAAAAUGCCCUACCUUCCAAAUCACCUGCUGGAAAGAACGAAAAAUUAAGCUAGAGUCCAUCCUGAAGAUCAGUUUUUUCCUGAUAAUUUUAUCCUCCUGUCUACUUGUAUAUUUGUUUGGUAUCUCUUCAAUAAACAAAAAUCAAGGUCCACCGACAGAUCCAUGUUAUGGCCAUACAUUAGGCAACUAUAGUGUGUAUUACAGAUAUGAUUACGGCGGUGCUCCUCCUACGAACAGAGUUUUCCAGCCACUUCCUUUAGGACUAGUGGUGAUAAAAGACACCAAUACAAUAACGUGUAAUAGUUUGAAGAACUGUUCAGAGAUUGUUCGGACUUUGCAGGACUACGAUAUGAUCAAAGGGCUUUAUGAUUUAUCUGAGAACUUCUUAAUAGCGGUAGAUGGAAGUAUUUACGUGGCAAGAGGUUGGGACGUCAGAAACGGUUUUCCGAUCGUCAGCAUCACUGUAAGCUUUAUAGGAAACUUCAAUAGGGAUCUGGUAACGACUGAUAUGGUGACAAGUCUAAAGCUUUUAUUAAGGCAAGGUGUAGAACUAUCAAAGUUAGCUCCAGAUUAUAUCAUCGUAGGUGAAAAUCAAACAGCGGAUAGUGUUAGUCCUGGAAGUCAUGUAUUUGAAAUCCUUCAGGAAUUCUGCCAUUAUAGGGAUAUAAAUUUAAUAUCUAAGAUGGCAUAUGAUCUGUUAUCAGCCGUUUUUAUCACAGUGUUUAAGAAAACAUCAUUUUAUCGUUCACAAAAUGAAAUAUCCUGUAUAGAGUAGAGUUUUUAAAAAUUAUUUCUAGAUUUAAGCCUAAAUGUAUAUAUUACACAUUUCCAAUGCAUUCUUUAUUAUUGAUAUCUACAUUUUUAUGACAUAAUAUUGUUUUUUCUUGUCAA